AACGUCAUGAUUUGUAAAACGCGCUAUCUAUCGAUUGUAUCGCAAGGAAUGAUGAACAGCGUGCUCAACUUUGGUCUUAUGUUUGAGUUCAUGUUAUGCGCCGUGAUUGCGUAUGCAGGUUUCACACACACUGUGCUCGGUACUGAAAGCAUUCGUUUAGUGCACUGGUUUCCGGCUCUUCCGUUCUCAAUCUUUCUAUUCUUGGUGGACGAGGGACGCAAGUUUCUCAUACGCUCAACCUCGCGCAGCGUCAUCCGCAAAGACACUGGCCAAAUCGUUCGCUACCCAGGUUGGCUGGAAGUAAACACGUACUAUUAGACCAGAAUAACGAAACCACAGUAAUAUGACCUUUUGAUAACGUACAUUGCCUACUACCAUUGUUGGAUUAGUAUAGAGAAUGAAAAAGCUUAGUUGAUUAGACCAUUAGUCAUAUGAACGGCACUUGUGCGUAUUAAUUUUCAUGCGAGAGAUGUCCGUGCAGCAGCUCCAUAUUCAGUUUGCAUUUGAGAGUAAGACCUCACAGUCUUCGCUCGUGCUGAAUAAGCACCAAGAGUUUGCAUUGGCAUACAGGAAGCGUUGUCGUGCUGCAGUGAAAAACGAUGUCGACGUGGUUAAUGUCGAAUGUGGGCCUGUGGAGCUACAGUAAAACCGACAUAUUUCUGUGUUAUGAUGACCACCACAACAGCAGCAUUUUUAGCAAUGUAGAUCACGAUACUGACUAAACACUUGAAAAUCGUAGAAAUAUACGAGUAGCACAAAAAGGAGUCUCUUUUAAUACAAGCGUGCGGUUCAAAGGUGCAGCUAAAUCUACAAUAUUUCCCGUGCUUCCUUCACAAAAA